GAGGAGCAGAGGGCAUUACUGCAAAUGCAGUGGAGAGUUUUGGUAAUAAGCCACAAGAGGACCAAGAAGUGAAUUCAAAGAAGUUUCUUCCUUAUGCACACGAGGUAAUUCCACGAGGUUAUUCUCAGCAGCGAGUACUCAAGGAGGGCAUGUUUGAGGACCUGAGCUUGGCCAACAAGCAGCUCCGGUUUGUUUUGAGAUUUUUAAUGGUGUGCUUGCUCUUGAAUCGGCAAGAGAUGGUCCGGCAGCUGCUCAAUCAGCUCAGAGUCUUGGUUGAUGAGUGCAAGAGGACCUUCCAGCCAUGGGUAAUGAAACGGGAAACAGUUAUUGGGAAAAAGAACUGCCACCAAAUUUUGACAGAAGUGGGAUGGAGAAAUUUAUUCGUGCCAACGGCACGAUCGAAGUCCCUCACCCUCUGUUAUUUUUGGACCAUGAGGUGGCGGUGAUCAUCUCUCAGAAAGCUCACAAUGUUUCGCAAUCCACCGCCAUGGAUUACGUUGCGGGUUAUGCACUUGCUUUGGAUAUGACUGCCAGAGAAAUUCAAGCUUCUGCUAAGAUAAAAUCUACAGAGAUUAGAAAGAGAAAAAGGGCAAAGGAAAGCUAUGGUGACUCUCGAAAGAUGGUUCAAGUCUCUGUUGGAGGGGAGAAUCAGACCAUUGAGUGGGCUAUACGACUAACAGGUGCUCUGAACAUUGCCAAAGCAUUAGAUCACUGCAGCAGCGAAUGCCGCCCAUUGUACCAUGACUUAAAUGCAUAUAUGGUUGUCUUUGAUAAGAGUUGGCUUCAUUUCAGUCCAGUAACUCUCUAAAUAGAUCCAAUAACUCACUAAAUAGUUCUGGGAUGAGUUCGCCGCGAUCAAAAUUUAUGCCUUACUUCGAUUCCAAACUAUCCAAAGCUGCCUUCUUUAUAGAUCAUCAAAGCAGUGCUGAAAUUCUGAGAAGUGUUGUACACUUUUAUCUCUGGUUUAGCUGAAGAGUAUUUUGGGCAUUGCAGUAUAGUGUUUAUAACACAAGCUCCCUCUAGACCCAAAAUCCUUAGAGCUUGUUUUUCUCAGAGAGAAUCUGAAUCUCUUUUGCAAAAAUUUCACUUUUUUCUUUCUUUCUUGGAUUCCUCUUUUAUCCAAGAAAGCAGUUAUUGUAGAUUUUUUGUAUGCUUAUAGAUUUGGUACUCACAAAUCUGUGUAAUGUUUAUUGUGUUUAAGUUUACAAAGCGACAUGCUAAAUUACUCUUCUUUUUCUUUUUUGAUUCUUGCUUGUAUGAUUGAAGAUCUGUUGAGGUUUAUAAUCGAGCUUGUGACCGUGAUGACUAGAUACAUAUUUUCAAGGGGUUUCUGCAGAGACAUUCUCAUUAACAUGCUAUUUGAAUUUAUUGCUAUAGUUGUAUUGUAUUGAUUUAUACAUUCUCAAUAGUUACAUAUUUUACCCAUUUAGUUGUACAGUCCAUUCCUCUCAAAGUUGCCCUUGCAAUGCUAAUUCAACAAAUUUUAUGAGGCCUCAAUCAACUGAAAAUAGUUAUGGUGUCUGUAAUAUGGUUAAGUCUAAGAGUAUAUGUGGCUUUGUUUUCUUUUCGCUUGGUUGGUGCAACAAAUGCGAAACUAUGACGCAGUGGUUUUUGCAUAUAUGCUGCAGUAUAGGCUUACACAUUUGCCCAAUGAUGCAGACUCAUGUUCUUGGUAUGCUUUUGAUUUUGAUUAUGAGCAUCUCCACUUCCUAUAUUUCUAUCGUCAAGAGUAGCCAUCUGCUUUUUAUGGUGGUGGUGGUGGUGGUGGUGGUGGUGGUGGUGUUGUUGUUGUUGUUGUUGCUGCUGCUGCUGCUGUCAUAUAAGAUGUGGAGAGGCUGUAAAUGAAAAUCAAAGCUCAACAUCCUUAAAUAUAAAUUCAGGAUAUGAUAAGGACUGAGGGCAAUCUUUUGUUUACUUUUACUACCCAAGUGGUGUUGCGUAAAUGCCUGUUUUUAGCUUUUCAUGAUUAAGUUAUGUUGGCAAUUGGUGCAGCUCUUAUCCGUAUUGUUCGUCAUAUCUAUGUCUUCAUCAUAUGGAGUCAUAUGUAUAAACACAUGUUGUCUCUCUUUAAUUUGCCUCUGACUUUAUUAUUGAUUGGGGUGCAAGCUGGGAUUGGAAAUUUUGUUCCAAUAUUUUCCAACUUUUGUAUGACUUGUGAGAAUAAUCAGUAUUGUGCUGCUCACUUUACAAUUUUUCCCUCAGUUUUAUGUCAUUGUUUGCUUCUUUUGUGUAAUAUAAUAAUUUCUCUACCCAGUCCCACUGUGUGUGGGUUUUGGUAUUAAUGUCUCUAAGUUGUUCAUAGAAAGAAUUUUAUGUGUCUAUAUGAGUAUGAUUGGAUUUCUAGAGCAUGGGAGGAUUUCUUACUACUGCAACUGUGUAUUCUUUUCUUGUAAUGCUUUUUUCUCUAUGGGCUUUUUUCUUGUAAUGAUUUUCGUGAUUCUUGUUACCUUUAUACGAGUAAAGCUAUUUUCUGGUGUAUAUGGAGGUUUUAGGUUUUGAAAUUUGAACUGAAUUCACAGAGCUGGAAUUGGUGCCGUUAUGAGGGAGGAAUUCGUUAAGAACAUGUUUGUUUUAAAGACUGAUGUUCGGCUUUUUAAUGAUGCUUUUAGUCACUCUUUGUUAAUAAGCCCAAUGAUGAAAUCUCAUUUUGUGAAGCAGUGCUUCACUUUAAGCCGCCAUUUACUGUGCCACGCUGAUCAUCGCCAUUUGCUGGCUCCUUCUUCUUCUUCUUCUUCUUCUAUUGUUGUUGUUAUUAUUAUUAUUAUUAUUAUUUCUGGUGAUGAUCCGAUGGUGUUUGUAAAUGGUUUUUGGCUUUCAGUGAUUACUGUUUAUGAAGUUUUAGUAGUGGUCUGAGGGCUCAAAACAUCUUUUGGUUUUUUUUAUUCAAUUGAAGGCAAAUGAAUUCCCAGUAUAAUUUAAAUGUGUGGUAAUCUGUUUAUUAAUAAUCUGUUGAUGUAACUAUUAAUAAUGUAGAUUGAAUACAGAUAGGGACAGAGUUUACUCCAAGCAGCAUUACUACAACUUAUUUACUAAUUCUUGCCUUACUCUUCCGCAUGCAUUACUAAAUUUCAGGUUAUUUCGGUUCGAUUUCUUUUAAUAGAACGUGUGAUUAGGGGGUUUCACAGCUUUCUUUUCUAUUCUGGUUGGCUGUAUCCUAUGAGAGAUUGUCUCUUUCGUUGGGUUUUCGCAUUGCAAUAUAAGUGUAUUGUACUGUGAUGGAAUCUCAUAUAUGGUCGGUUUUUCAAUAAGCCCAAUGAUGGAAUCUCUUUUUUUUGAAGCAGUGUUUCACUUUAAGCUGCCAUUUAUUGCGCCGGACUGAUCAUUGACAUUUGACUGCUGCUGCUGCUGUUGCUCCUCCUCCUCCUCCUCUUUAUUAUAAAUAAUAUUUCUGGUGAUGAUCUGAUGGUGUCCGUAAAUGUUGCCUGGCCUUUAGUGAUCACUGUUUAUGAAAAUUUUGUUGUUGAUGAGGUCUGAGGGCUCAAAAUUUAAUUCGUCUUUGUGUCUGGCGUCUCUUGAUAUGUUUUGGUGUUUUGCAUUGCAAUCCAAGCGUAAUUUGAUGCAAUCCCCCAUGCUGUUUGAUAGUUUUAUCAUCUUUAGUUGUAAAAUGUUGUAGUGAAAUGAAAUGAAAUGAUAGCGUGUGCAUAUCAUGUCUCUUGGUUUGAUUUUUCUUUUCCUUUUUGUGCAGAGAACAGCUACUUGUUUAUGCCAUUGAUAUUGGGAGAGGAGAGAUUCAAUUCAAACCCGACCUCAAAUGCAGAGGUAAACGCUUAUUAGUUUUUUUGAAAGUGUAAUAUUCAUACGAGUGAAAUGAUAAAACUAUUAUAUUAUGUCAUAAUAUUGUGUUUUCUACCUUAAAAGAAAGGGGAAGUGUGAACUAAAUCAAGUGGGUAACCGUUAUAUCAACUGUUUCUAACUUCGUGGUUUUGAAUUAAGGUGGUUAUAAGAUUUUUAAUUUUUCUUCCUAUUCUUGCCUUUUCGAUUUCCAAUAGUCGUCCGCAUGUGCGUUAGUGACAGUUAGCUCUUCAUGGUUGUGCAUUCCGCAAUUCCGCAAUACCCGCAAUACCCGUAACUAACAGUCACUUGCGCGCAUGGACCACUACUUUAGGCUGUUCUUUUGUUUCAUCUUUGAAGUGGAAGUAGGGCAAGGUCAAAGUCCCCGUACAACUUGGAUGUAGGUACGAAUGUGUCAAAAUCAACGGUCAAGAUACCUGGCAUGGUUGACGGAUAGUGGUGAAUCGGCUAUGGCUGCUAUCUGGUUGGGGUUAUAAGAGAGUGCUUGUGUACUUGGGGCAUGGUUGGUUUUGGGCCAAGUUAAUAGCAUACUUAAAAUAAGAAAAGGGCCUCCGUCGGGAAGGGAGCAGUCCUCAUGAGAGUAACUUGUAUGAUACGGAUAUAUUACUACGGCGGUGUCAUAUGCCAACUUGUGUUAUUAGCAUAGUACGUCAACGUGGUGGUGUCUCCGUGUCGUACUUGUCCUUUUCCUAAGGCUCAUUCUCAAAGAAACAGUCACCUUUGACCAGUUCCAAAUUAUUAUACGAUGUUAUUAUUGA